AUGAAUUCACAAAUAUGUAACCAUUGUCGCAAGGCACUCUACCAAUCUAUCCAAACCCUACAAAGAAGAGGGCACCAAUUACGCACACUAUCAUCAACCACCCCCCGCCAAAGCUCAAGCUCAAGCUCAAGUUCGGCUUCAACCGAACCCGAGUCCCUAGCAGCUCUCUUCUCGAAACCAACCUGGUCCGUCCGGUCUCUCCUCCCGGACCCAUCCUCCUCCUCCUCCUCCUCCUCCUCCUCCUCUUCGACCUUUAAGACUGAAGCCGAAAUAACUCCUCGCACCCUGCAACACCUCCUACGCCUCUCCGCCCUCCCUCCGCCCUCCUCCCCCUCGGAAGAAGCACUUAUGCUCUCGACGUUAACCUCGCAACUACACUUCGUACGCUCCGUGCGCUCCGUGGAUACAGCCGGCGUCGAGCCCUUGCGUGCGAUACGCGACGAAACCGCGCUCGGCCAACGUGAGCAGACCAUUGGCUUAGAGCAACUAAAAGACGCCCUCGCGAACGAGGAUGUAGUAGGCCACGCGCGACGCCCACGCCGACGGCAGCAGCAUCAAGGAGGUAGUGGAGGUGCUGAUCCCGGGGUAGAAGGAUGGGACGUUUUAGCCGGAGCCAGCGAGACGGCAGGACGGUAUUUCGUAGUCCGGACAGGAUCAACUGGUCCGGCGCGGACAGGCGCAGGGCAAGUAGAGAAGACGGAAGAGACUUAA